GGAUGAGCUCGGCGCUCGGCUGCUCACGCCUGCCUCAUUUUCAAGUUUUCAGGGUAUGGUAACAAAGAGUGGCUGUAGUAGUGAGCUGAGAAUAGUGAGCCAGUCGUGUGCUGUGUGCAGGGCUUGAUGACCAGCUAACAGCGCUCUUCAAGUGCUUGUAGAAAUCGCCAAAGAGACCUUUCUUCAGAUCCAUUUAUCGUGAAUGCUGAGCUCCAAAUGAUUAUAAGCACUCCCCAGAGACUGAGCGCGGGAGCAGAUCUUCUCAUAGGGAGACAGUUCACCGCGGCCACCUCAGCCAUGGUCACUCAGAGUCACAUCACAGAUGCCACCAGCUGGAUUCCUGGGGAUCGAAAACGUACUCGAGAGUUUAUAGAGUCGGACUUCUCAGAGAGUAAGAGAAGCAAGAGGGGGGAGAAAAGUGGGAAGGGUCUGCGACAUUUCUCGAUGAAGGUUUGUGAGAAGGUCCAGACCAAAGGCACCACGUCCUACAAUGAAGUGGCAGAUGAACUGGUGGCAGAGUUUACCAGCUCUGCCGGACAGCUGGCCUCUGACUCUGCCUAUGACCAGAAGAACAUUAGGCGGCGAGUUUAUGAUGCCCUCAAUGUCCUAAUGGCCAUGAAUAUUAUAUCAAAGGAGAAGAAGGAAAUAAAAUGGAUUGGUUUGCCAUCCAACUCUGUGCAGGAGUGUGAGAAUUUAGAGAUGGAGAAGCAGAGGAGGAUAGAGCGCAUCAAACAGAAGAGUGCUCAGCUACAGGAACUGCUGCUACAGCAAAUUGCCUUCAAGCACCUUGUUCAGAGGAACCGGCAAACUGAGCAACUGAAUCAAACCCCUCCCGCCGUGAACUCCACCAUCAAGCUGCCCUUUAUCAUUGUGAACACAAGCAAGAAGACUGUUAUAGACUGCAGCAUUUCUAGUGACAAGUUUGAAUAUCUUUUCAAUUUUGACAAUGCCUUUGAAAUACAUGAUGACAUUGAGGUUCUGAAGAGGAUGGGGAUGUCAUUUGGGCUGGAAUCUGGGAAAUGCAACUCAGAAAACCUUAAACUUGCCAAAUCCUACGUGCCCAGAGCUCUGGAGGGUUAUGUGACUGACAUGGCCUCAGGGACUUCUUGGACAGACCAAGGACUUCCUUUCAGUACAUCUCAGAUGGCCUCUGCAGCGGACUCUGCCGGCACUACAACUUACUCACAGUCUAGUGUCACCCCAGGAUUGUUCUUCGACACCGACAUGUCUUUGACCAACAGCAGCCACCACUCCAGCUCUGGCACGUCCCACUAUACAGAAUCUCGAGGGGAAACCCCAUGUUCAUUCGAUGACGAUGAAGAUGAUGAAGACGAUACUUCCUCCAUGGAAUAAAAUGGCAGCGUGCACACGUCUUAAUGUAUGUGAAUGCGUGUACUGAUAGUCUAGUCUUCCAACGCAGUUUCGAUGGGAGAUCAUAUCGGGAUCAACAAAGAUAAUUUUUUUUGUUUUGUUUUGUUUUUCAAAAUGAGAACAUGCUGUGGACACUGUCCUAUUUCAAGAUGGCGUCUUGCCAGCUGGAAGGUGACUACAACUGCUCCAAAAAAUGGGCUUUUAGACGCUGUGUCUGCCAGGAUUAUGCACAGGGUAUGAUAGAGGACCUGUACCUGAGUGAACGCUCCUUUACCUGCAGACUGUUGGAGCAGUCACUUCACUGCCUUUGGAUAUUAAUGCAUCUUUUUUUUUUUUUUUUGUAAACUCCUAUCUUAAGCUUGAAGCCACUUCAGUAACACAGAAGACCCAGCUAAGCUCGAAGCGAUGCCUGCCAGCGGUCUGUGGGAAAGAUGCUGCUAUGUACUGAUUGCCGCAGUUAUUGAGAAAAUCAGAGGAUAUUUCUUUCUCUUCUACACAGAGGAUUUCUAGCGCCAUCCGUUGAGAAAAAGGGAACACUGUGAUGGAGAAUGCUGUUAAAUAGUUUUUUUGCAAUUACAUGUCAUGACUAUGUUCCCCCACCACCACUUUUUUUUAUUUUUUAUAAUGCGUAACAUCACAGCAGACAUUUCCUCCAUGUUGUAAGAGAUGCGGUGUAGGAUCUCAUUCCGUGUCCUGGGGGCCGUAUACUGUGAAUUGUCACACCAGCCCAGUACUUAUUUUUUGAUAUAUUAUAAAGAAAUUCUAGUUGUUCCCUUUUCCUGCACAUAUUAGUGGGGGGCGGUUUUCUGGUCUUCACAGUUCAGUAGUGAACAUUGGGUUAAAAAAUAUAGAUACCCCCUAAUAUAAAUGGGAAAUGAGUAUAGUCUGAAUGGGUUCGACAUCCCUAAUCGGUUCCCAACAGAUGCCUGUAUCUAACCCAAUAAAGAACUCUUAAAGGGGUGUUCUGGGAGUAAAGUAUUGAUGACCUUUCCUCAGCAUAGGCCAUCAGUAUCUGAUGAUUGGGGAUCCAACUCUCAGCACCACCACCGAUCAGC